GGGACGCUUCCUCAAGCAUCGCAAACAAUGUCUCGAUCAACCUCCUACUCUUCUUCCAGCGCGUCGCACGGUGGGCUGUCCUUUCCCAUGUUGAACGAACACUUCCACACCUUGCCACCUACGUUGGGUGCGACGACCGAGGCCCGGUUGCAACAGCAUCGCCGCCGGCUUUCCUUACGUGACUCCAGCCUAGUGAUAUCUACCGCCUUGUCGGGCACGGCAUGGUUAGCCACAGCAACAAUGACCGACAUCGUUUUGUACGAUUUGAACAGCCAAGAUCGUACCCAAGAUUUCAAGCCCCAGCGCGAGAUCCCCAUCAAGAUGGACUCCAAAUACGAAAAGAUUCGCGCAAUCGCUAUUUCUGAUCAUCUUCUUGCUGUUGUGACACAUUGUCGUCUGCUAGUCUACGAAUACGCCCAAGACGGCGAAGAGAACCUGGUAGAUGAUGUGCGCAUCGACGUGAAUCAAAGCUGGACCCCCAAAUCUGUGGCCAUCUUGCAAGCCAAAUACUCUUCCAACAUACCGCAAACCGAUGUAGCUUGCAUCGCUGUCGGUGGCGAAGGGGUGAAUGGUGUGAAGCUUUUCAAAUUCUCCAAAGCGACGUGCUGGACUGCCCAUCGCAACCAUCGCAUCAUCUUGAAAUGCCAUAGCGCCACCAGUUCAAUUCGAGAUGUGGGGUUUUCGCAAUUCAUCCACGCAAAUCGUUUCGUGGUUUUCGGGGUGACAUCUGAUAACCGCAUCAUGUGUUGGGAUGUUUGUUCGGAUGGGUCUUCAGCUCCAACAGUUCUACGUGGCUGGGUAGUCGACAGUGAUGCAGGGCGCAGCUCCCUCUCACAUAGAGCAGAGAUAACAUCUGUUUCCAUCUUUGAUUCCCCAUCUGGCCGACCGUACCUCUUCUGCGCGGUGAACCAAAAACACGGAUCACAACAGCUACGGAGCUGCGUGGUACCUUUGAACAGAGAGUCGAUCAACCUUUGUUCGGACGCAGUAUCCUUGCCUAGCCAAGUGGCUGGGAGACACGUACUUGCCGGUGCCGUAUCUAGCAAUGGCCGUUUCCUUGUUACUGUGCAGGAAAACAGUAUGAAGCUGUCAACACUCCGAGGAGCGUACCAGGGAGGAGUCACGUGCCUCGAAAGUCAUCUGGACUGGCAUUCCCCUCUAAAAGGGACCGCCAAGGACAUGACUGGAAUAUCGCUGUUUCUCAAAGAAGGCCAGAGUCGCCUUGAAAUUACGGCAGUGGACGGGCGAGGCCAUCUGUCAUUCGCAACAAUCAGCACGCCCUGCGUGCCGAUUUCUCAAUCUUUGUCACUGGGACCCCGAUUGCGCAGAAUGACUCCCGAGCUAGCCGCCGAACCGAUCAUCAGAGAGCUGGAUGGCGAGGGCAUGGCAGACGAGAUUGUAGUUCGCCUUGGCUAA